AUGCCAUCCAUACUAAACCGUGAUAUCGAACCUCUUGUGGUUAUUUUACAAUUUUGUCGCGCCAAAGUUGUUGGAGCAUCAGUCAAGGUUUCAAACACCUUUGAUAUCACAAAGUUAAUUGUCGAUCAGUCUGCAGAUGAGAUAAAAGAGUUUGUUGCAGCUUAUGGAGGUUGUGCUGAAAUUGCGAAUUCAAUACGAGAAGUCAAUGCUCCGCUGGUUAUUACUGACAAUGUGGAAACAGAAAACAACUUUGAAUUUUCAGUCAAGACUAUCGACGACUACCUUUACACUUGUGGUCAAGUUGGUAGUUAUUGGAUCUGCGCGCUCAUUGAAUCGUUCACUGGUGACUACUGGUACCAAUCAUGUCGCAAAUGUCCCAAAAAAUUAACAUCGGCCGGGAAAAGAUUUUAUUGUGAAAAAUGUGACGACUUUUUUGACGAUGGUGUUUUGAAGUACAAGGUUCAAUUUGAAGUGAGUGAUGCAACAGGGAACACGUCUUUUAUUUGUUGGAAUAAAGAUUGUGAAAAAUUGCUUGGCUAUUCGUGUCAUGAAUUGCGUUCCAAAUACACAAAGAUGCAAGAUGGAAUCGAUAUCCCUGAUGAGCUGGCAGCAAUGAUAGGCAAAAAAAUACUGUUCAAGGUCCAGGUGAAGUCAACUCAAAUAAAGAAUUUCGAUGGUUCUUUUUCAGUUUUCAAAACUUGCGAUGAUGCUGAAGCUGUUGGGAAGUAUGGAACUUUUCUUAUUGAAAAAUCAGAUUUGAUGUCCAAACUGGUGCGGGCAGAAGCAGAAAAGGAGCUUGACUACGGAGUGGAUGAGAAUGACGAAGACAACAAGUAUGAGGAUGAGGAUGAAGUCAAUUCACCCGAUAAGGACCUCUUCGAUAAAAAAAAUGCAGCAGAUGAAACGCCUUUGAAGUACUACUGCAAAAGAAAGUUGUUUGGAGAAUCGAGUUCAACAACACAAAAAAAGGGAAAGUUACAUGAUGCUGAAAAAUCAGAUGAGAGAGACAAUGAAGUUGAGGAAAAAACUGUUGAAGGAGAGAAUGAAGUUGUUGAUGAGGAAAACGCCGAUAUGGAAGACGUUUGA